GAAGAGCAAGAUUUGGGGGCUGUGCGGACUCCUUGCGGCAGCAGUUGGAUGUGUAUGUUGACCUGGCCACGAUGACAAUGAAAGGCCUGUCCAGCAGCCGCAGUCACCACACAGUGACCUGUGACCCCUCUUAUGACUCUAUGACCCUGGGACACUCGGAUCAUCGGUCCUUCUUCCUCAACCCUGGAGAGGUUCAUUCAGCUGACCAUCCUUGCUACACCCAGCCGAACACCUUCCAGACUGAGUGCAGCACUUAUCCUGACCUGGCCAGCUGCACCUUUCCUCGCAGACAUUACAGCUCUCAUCAUGAGCUAAAAGAGGAAUGUGGGGCUUUGGUACCCUAUAAAGGCCCAGCAGGGAGCAGCAAAGGUAGUGGAGGCAACAACAACCGCAUCCCCUCCAACUUGCUGGAGCAGUUUGAAAACCAAGCGCCGCUUCGCCGUGAAGGCUACCACACAUUGCAGUAUAAACGUACUGCAGUAGAGCACCAACGCAGUGACAGCCCAGGUAGAAUCCGCCAUCUUGUUCACUCUGUCCAAAAGCUUUUCACCAAGUCCCAUUCUCUGGAGGGGCCAUCAGGGUCGGGUGGAGGAGGGAAUGGGAGGCUGAAUGGCAACAAAUCAAGUCCUGAUGAGCCUCCCUCAUGCUCUGGCACCUUAAAGCACAGCAAGCGCAGCAAAAGCAAAGACCGCUCGAAGUCUGAGCCUAAGAUGCGCUCUGCCAUAUCCGGGUACUGGAGUUCAGACGACACACUUGACCGGGAGGUGUGCCUCUACCAUCACCACCAAGGGGGCAACAGUGGUGCAAUGCCCUCUGGUAUCAUGACUAUGGGGCGUCACCCAGACAAAUCCCAGUCGCAGUACUUUAUGGAGUCCUACAACACAAUCAGUGCCCAGUCCCUGAAAACAUCACGCAGUAAUAACGAUGUGAAGUGUUCUACUUGCUCCGGUGGCAGCAGUGGAACUCUGCCACUCAUGGGUGCUCUUGAUGGACAAGUUCAACUAAAGAAGAGCUCAUGGUCCUCAACUCUGACAGUGAGCAGAGCUAGAGAGGUCUACCAGAAGGCUUCAGUCAACUUAGAUAAAGCUCUUGUGAAAGCCGAGCAGGGCCGCACUUGCCAUUUCCUACAGGUACCUCAGGAUGACUGGAGUGCGUUUUCUCCACUCGGGAAGGAUGACGAGAUUCCCUGCCGGCGAAUGCGUAGUGGCAGCUACAUCAAGGCCAUGGCAGAGGAAGAUAGUGGCGACUCAGAUUGCAGCCCAAAACCCUCGCCCAAGGUCCAAGCAAGACGAGCCAGCUACCUGAAGGCCACACAGCCAUCUCUCACAGAGAUGACCACUCUCAAGAUUUCCACGGAGCACUCACCCAAGCUGCACAUCCGGAGUCACAGCUAUCUGCGGGCGGUGAGUGAGGUUUCCAUCAAUAGGAGUCUGGACAGCUUGGACCCGGCAGGGCUGCUGGCCUCUCCUAAAUUUCGCUCCCGAAACGAAAGCUACAUGAGAGCUAUGAGCACCAUCAGCCAGGUGAGUGAGGUGGAGGUGAAUGGGCAGAUUGAGGCAGUAUGUGAAUCAGUGUUUAGUGAGAUGGAGUCACAGGCGGUAGAUGCACUGGAUCUGCCUGUGCCCGGCUGCUUCCGCAUGCGGAGCCACAGCUAUGUGCGUGCCAUAGAGAAGGGCUGCUCACAGGAAGAGGAAGAGGGAGGCCUCGCAGUGACCAACAGGAGAACCAACUCUCCUCCACGCACUGCCACCACUGUCAGAACCAUCCAGAGCAGCACAGGUAAUUCGCUGCUCAGCAUGUGCGACUUCUGGAUACGUCUGCUGUCAUCAUGCAUCACCACCUACAAAAAGACGCCUCCACCUGUCCCACCUCGAACCACCCCAUCCAAACCCUUCAUAUCCAUCACGGCCCAAAGCAGCACUGAGUCUGCCCAGGAUGCCUACAUGGAUGGGGGCUCUGGCCAGAGAACAGGCAUCAGCUCCCAGCCAGGGCUGUCCAACUCUACAGAGAGUAUUGACAGCAUGAAAGCCCUGACAGCAGCCAUAGAGGCAGCUAACGCCCAGGUGCAUGGCCCUGCCAGCCAGCAUGUCACCAACAGCACCAUCACCAUUACAGCCACAGCCACCACCUCUGCUGUGGCACACGUCAGUGCUGACACCAAGGCGCAGAGAGAAGCACUCCGCAAGUGCCUCUCCAUAGGGAUUCAGGUCGACCCAGAGGAAGGGGGGCCGACAGAGGAACAGUCCAAAUUCCAGUCGAUAGGAAUCCAGGUGGAGGAUGAGCGAUGUCACCGCAGGAUGACCCGCUCCAACAGUGUAACCACAGCUGUCCAGGCAGAUCUUGAUGAAUCUACAGAUAUCCCAGAGCUGCCCCCCCGUCACUGCGCCACCAUGCCACGCCAGCACUCUCGUGAUGCCGCCACUUCCACUGUCAGCAUCCAAGGCUCUGGGAACCAUUACCAUGCUUGUGCUGGGGACGACUACGGGGAGGUGGGCUUUGACCCAUCAAUCCUGCCUCCUCCAGACCCUUGGAUGGACAGUGCACCUGAGCCAGAGGCGGAGCCUCUGGAGACUGUCUGCCGAUUGGUGUGCCCCCGCGAUGGCCGCUGGUUCCUUAAAUUGCUGCAGGCUGAGACAGAACGUAUGGAAGGCUGGUGCAGACAGAUGGAACAGGAUGAGGUUGAGAAUGAGCUGCCAGAUGAAAUCCUGGGGAAGAUCCGCAGUGCAGUGGGGAGUGCCCAGCUGCUGAUGUCCCAGAAGUUCCAGCAGUUUCGGGAGCUGUGUGAGGAGAAUCUGAACCCAAAUGCAAACCCACGGCCCAUCUCUCAGGACCUGGCAGGUUUCUGGGACAUGCUCCAGCUGUCCAUUGAGAACAUUAGCCUGAAGUUUGAUGAACUCCACCAACUCAAAGCCAACAACUGGAAACCUCUGACCCCCCCAGAAACGCAGGAGAGAAGGAUGCCCCCUCCUGUGCCAAAGAAGCCCCUGAAAGGCCACCCACCCCUGGCUAGGGACCGCUCACUGGAGAGCUCAGAGCGCCAACGUUUGGAGGCUCGCAAACGUCUGCUAGCAGCCAAACGUGCCGCGUCGGUGCGGCAGAGCUCAGCUACUGAGAGUGCAGACAGUAUCGAGAUCUAUAUUCCUGAGGCUCAGACCAGACUAUGA